AAUAAAUUGAGUCUGUUCAGCGUUUCAACACUCGUGGCUGUCCGACCAAACUCAACAUUCGAUGUUAUAAAUUUGAUAUCUAAAGCCGAGUUCAAACCAUUUCUUCUCAACAUUGCCUCAAGCGUUUGACAUUCAGCACCGUCUUACAACUGCAGGAGUAUAAUUUAGUCCCUGCUGUUUAUAAGAUAACAUCUUGUUUGUUUUUAUGUGAGCUUUGCAAUGGCGGUCGGCUAGAGUUUCCUAAGUCCCUAUAGCGAACAGUCGCUUAUUGAUGGGUGAAUUGUGUAAUAGUAUGGUAUGGUAUGGCAUGGUAUGUUGCGAACUUGCAAGAAUACUCGUUGAUCGAUGCGAAUUUGAAAUGUAAACCGCAGAUGGUACUCAUGUUUGAAGAAUUUGAUGAAUCAUCAAUGCAGUUGCAAAUGACCUUUGUCUAUUAAUAAGGGCAAGCACGAAAUGCUAACUGUUCGGAUUAUAGGGCACUGCUAUAGGGCUACAGCGUAUAUCAACAAACCUUAACUGGCCAGCUUAAGUCGGAAAGCGACAAACACGAGACCAAUAUCAUUCGCUUUGUGUAAAUUGAUAACAUCAAAUUCAAGUAUUCAGCUCGGUCGGAUAUAAAACAUUAUAUAAACAUAUCAAAUUAUCAACGUGGAGAUAGGCAUCAUGCGUUGUCACAUAUACAAGAAUUUGAUGUUUGUAUUAUUCGUCUUGGCCGUGUUUAACGUCUCGUUUCUGACCUACACAAUGUUCACGACUAAUUUUGCACCGACAGAGGAUCGAACCAUCGAAGGCAGAUCGAUUUUGGAAGGCGGAAAUUGGCGAACGCGUGUGCCAUUAUUUGGCAAGAGCGUGGAAAGCAUUUUGGAUCAACUUAGUCACGGGCCACGGACGCCGGUGUUUCUGUAUAAACCUGUGUGUCGGAGUGGCACUUGUACGCGAUACAGUGGUUUGGAAUUGAAGAAAAUCUUUCGAGAGAAUGGAUUUGAUAUUGUGGACAAAAGUGAUAAAGACUGGACUGUGUCGCUCACAAACGGAGUAUCUGGCGUUCCUAAACUAUCAAAGGUAAGUGUGCGAGUUACAAGAGGGAUUUUUUCAUUUUGUGUGGGAGAUUUCAUUGCAUGGUUAAGCUCAUUGUAUACCAAACGUAGGGGUCCAGUGUAGAUGGAAUAUACUUUAAUAAGUUGCAGUGGUACUGGUUUGUGUCUGAACUACCUGAAAAGAUUUCCGGCUCAAAUGUGGUGGUCCAGUGUUGGUAUAGUAUUCCACAAUAUUCAAUAACCUGUCGUCAUAGGCGUACGAGACAGGGGGCAGGGGGGGCAAUUGCCCCCCCCCCCAAUUUUGGAAAACCCUGUAAAUUCGGACAAAUGUUAGGAAAAUUCAAGAAAAUUCGAGCAGAUUUAUCAGAAAAUAGGUUAAAUUCAGGCAAUUUCAUUACAAUCCUCCAUAAAAAUUCGGACAAACUUUCAACUGCCCCCCUGGAAAGCAUCAAUCCCGUAUGCCUAUGCCUGUCGUGGUUUGUGUCUGAACUACCUGUACAAGAUUUCCGGCUAAAAUGUGGUGGUCCAGUUGUAGGUAGUAUUCUACAACAAGCUGUCGUGGUUUUUUGUGUCUGAACUACCUGAAAAAGAUAUCUCAAACGUGGUGGUCCAGUGUAUAUAGAUAGUAUUCUACAAUAAGCUGUCGUGGUUUGUGUCCGAACUACCUGAAAAAGAUAUCUCAAACGUGGUGGUCCAGUGUAGGUAGUACGUAUAUUCUUCAAUAAGCUGCCGUGGUUUAGCACUUGCCUAAGCCAAGGCUCAGGUUUACACGAUCAAAGUUUCUGUGAUCACAGUAGGAAUUUUGCAACGGUAAAUUCUAAGUUUUGAAGGAUUUGUAAGAAAUGUUUGAGAAAACAGACUCGACAGUAGGCCUAUUUAACAUUAAGUUUGCUCAAACUUUUCUUACAAAUCCUUCAAAACAUAGAAUUUACCGAUACAAAAUUCCCACUGUGAUCACAGAAACUUUAAUUGCUAGUGUAAACCAGACAGUCAUUCAGUGUUUCAGCCUUGUAUAUACUUGUUCAUGAGUCGAUGCAUGGUCAACUCGGAGAGAAUACUUAUACAGGACUCAGGAGACGAAAUCAAACAUUAAAAUGGUAGCUCGUAUCACUCCGAACCAGCAAAGUUCAACCAAUAACUAGCAAUCCCUUCCUGCUAUGCAAUGGCACGCAAUUCUAUUGACAUUUCCCCCAUAGUGUGCAAUAAAAUUAAAUAAUGCUCUUGAAUCGCACAAAAAAUGUUUGGUGCCCGUGCGAGUGUUUACAUUUGAGAUUAAGGACGUACUUAAAGACUGGACUCUUUAUAUUAUUCACCACAUAUUCGGACAUUGUAUCUUAUCUCGUCAUUAAAUUUAUGAAACUAUCCUAAACAAACAUUAGGAGGAAUAAUAACUGAUAAGGACGUUCUGCUGAUUUUUAUCAGAAGUGUUGUAAAUGCGAUAUUGAUAUCUCACUUUGAGACAAAGGGAAAACUGAUGUGAUGUCUGUGAUAUCAUUAACCCGGAAAUAGUGCUAUAUACUGUAGAUAAAGAACUGUUUUGGUAUCUGAGGGGAAAUCUAUAUAUAACCUAAACUAAACAAACUUUAUUUACACUGAAUAGCUUUAUCAGUUCGACAGUUCUAAAGUGUUCUCCCUAGGGGUCCAGUAAGGAUCAUCUCUUAUUGAUCCAGUGUUACUACCGGAGGAAACCUAAACUAAACUAACUUUAUUUAUACUGGAUAGCUCUAUCAGUUCUAAAUUGUUCUUCCUAGGGGUCCAGUAAGGAUCAUCUCUUAUUGAUCCAGUGUUACUACAGGAGGAAACCUAAACUAAACUAACUUUAUUUCUACUGGAUAGCUCUAUCAGUUCUAAACUGUUCUCCCUAGAGGUUCAGUAAGGAUCAUCUCUUAUUGAUCCAGUGUUACUACAGGAGAAAACCUAAACUAAACUAACUUUAUUUAUACUGGAUAGCUCUAUCAGUUCUAAACUGUUCUCCCUAGAGGUCCAGUAAGGAUCAUCUCUUAUUGAUCCAGUGUUACUACAGGAGAAAACCUAAACUAAACUAACUUUAUUUAUACUGGUACCUAUCAGUUCUAAACUGAUCUUCCUAGAGGUCCAGUAAGGAUCAUCUCUUAUUGAUCCAGUGUUAGUACAGGAGGAAACCUAAACUAAACUAACUUUAUUUAUACUGGAUAGCUCUAUCAGUUCUAAACUGUUCUUCCUAGAGGUCCAGUAAGGGUCAUCUCUUAUUGAUCCAGUGUUACUAUUGGAGGAAACCUAAACUAAACUAACUUUGUUUAUAUUGGAUAGCUCUAUCAGUUCUCAACUGUUGAUGAGGCCAGCAGAUUCGCAACAAGUUGUUCCAACAAGUCUGAUGGGGGCUGCACGUAAAAUGUUGUUAACAAGUUGAUGACAAGAAGCUCGUAGCAACUUGUUACGAACAGCCUGUAUUAGCCUAGUUGGAACAACUUGUAGCAAGUCUGUUACCAUCAUCAACCAACAACUGGGAACAAGCCGAGUACAAACAAGUCCUGAUGUCGGCUCGACAACAACCUUGUUACUGUACAACUUGUUUGCAGAUCUAUAACAACUUGCGUGAUUUUACGCGGUGUACUAUAAUAAUAUCGUCUCUUAUUUUUAGGUGUGGCAGUUCACAAAUAUUAUACCAGGCCUAAGCAAUGUGUGUUUACGAGAGAAACUCUGUCUUACACUAGAAAAACUAUCGCGAAUGCACGACCUCAACGAUUUCCAGGCAUUUCCAAAAUGCUUCAUCCUAGAUGGAAACACCACGUUGAAACACGACCAGUUACCAAAGGGACUCUGGUUGUUGCGUAAAGCUGGUAGCCUCAGAGGUUCGAGCGAAGGGUUAACAAUACUUCACAGAGACGACGUGGUGUCAUUCCUUCAGAAGCAGAAAGCGCAGCCGCUUUCUAAAACUAAAUCAGGCGCUCGUAAAACGUUGUACCAAACUCGAGCGCUAACUAGUAUUGAACAGUACGUUCACGAACCGUUUUUAGUAAACAAACGUAAACAUCUGUUGAGGUUUUAUUUAUUGGUGAAAUCGUUAGAUCCUUUAAGGGUUUAUAUAUCGGAUUUUGGCGAUGUAGCAUUCUCGCAAAUGCCUUAUAAAACUGACCAGGCUAACAGAAAUGAGAGCUGUAUGCACUUAGAUAUCUAUACAGCGCCAUGGUGUACAAAAAAUCUGAACUCUCCUUCGAAAGCAUGGGAUGUCAAUGCGCCCGAGUCGCUGGUCUGGACAUUGAAAUAUUAUUGGUCAGUUUUGUCGCACAGAAAUAUCGAUGUUUCACACACUGCCGCGCAGGUCCGAGACGCGUUGCUACAGACCGCCAUAUUAACGGCGUCAACUUCCUCCGAGAUUUUGGAUAAUAAUUAUAGCAAAGAAAAAGCAAAAUAUCUUGCUUUGAAGAAAAAUGGGUAAGAUUUUGGUUUGUGUAAAUUGUGUUGUUUAUUUGCCCGCUUGUUUGUUGGCUGUUUACUUCAACUGAUAUUGAUACUGAUAGAUUGAAGAAAUUUGUUUCUGGCUAGUUUGUUUGUCCACAAUUAAUUGACGCGCGCCAAGCGCGCCCGUAUUUUUAUUUCAUUUCUUUUGAAGGGAACGCUUUUUGCAAAAAUGGCGAGUGCAUUUCUAGUUUCGACAAGUGAACACAUUCAAAGUGCACCUAGCCUCAAUUCUUUUUAUCAUUUCAUUUUGAAGUUUGGGGUUGUGUGAGGAUUACAUACCUAUGUAAAACACCAUUUACUUUAUAGCCUUGUUAUUAUAUGAUAUUUAACUGUACCUUACAUUCUUUAAUCAGUCAUUAUUCAUCUGUGACGUAAAUUCCGGACAUUUGCAUAUCAAUAAAACUGAAAUAACUCAGAGACAAAGUGUGCAAACGAAAAUCUUUAAAAUAAGUUACAACUUACAAUAUCAUUUUAAACUUUCUUAGAAAUGAGAUGUUAGAAGAAUUGAGGUUAGGCCAGGUACAUUUGAAGCUGUCACCAAGUUUACAUAUAAUAAAAUGAGAACUACCAUAGAAUAAUAGUAAAUGUUCAAGCGUAUAAAAUAACAGAAAUUUAUCAAAUAUGAAAUAUCACAAGAAUAUGCUUUAUUCUCUCACAAAAAUCAUGCGCAGCCAAGAUAUACAGUACGUUUGAGUACUAAUAUGUAUUUCGAAACAUGUAACAUAUUACUUUCGUGUCAAAAUUUCAGAGAUGAGAUUUCCUUGAUCAGGGAAGAAAAUUGUCUUGAAAUUUCUUUAAGAUGUUCUGCGGUUUUCACAAAAAUAAAACGUUGACGCGCACAGUCAAAGAUGACGCGCGCGCUUACCAGAAACAUAAUAUUUUUGUGGGGGCUAAUUACAUUCUGUUGCAUGAUGAUUAUAUAGAUUUGUCAUAUUUCACGUGAAAAUUCUGCUGGAUAACAACAGGAAACCACACGUUAUUGAUGUGGACUGCGAUCCAGGAUUCCAGACCCUGGGCAGUGAGACUUUUAGAGCAAGGUAAUCAAUGGAUGCAUGAUCUAACAUUAGCCACCGCUAACCUUAUUUCUACUGAAAAACUUUAGCAGUUCUAUCACAUGGGAAAUUUUAAUCACGCAACUGCAUAUUGCAAGAUUAGAAUAAAACCCUGAACUAACGCUGAAUCGCUGAAUUAUUUUUCAGACAAAUGACGAUGUUGAUACAAGAUCUUAUUAAACUUAGUGGAUCAUUUCGAGGUAUUAAAAGGACCUAGUUCCCCAUUCAUUAAUAAUCUAUCUUUGAUUCACUAUCAAAGCUUUUGUGAUCUUGAAGGAUUUGUAAGACAUGUUCGAAAGAACUGAGUGACUCAGGAAGUCAGGUUCCUCACUUCCUAACAAUCAGUUAUCAGACUGGCUUUAAAAAUGACGUGUUUAAUUUUCUGUGAAUAUUCGUAGGGAAAUAUGAUAGAAAACCAUAUAAGGACAAGCUCACAGACAACUUGCUCUCAUUUUGCAGCAAUAGAGGUGGUACGUAUCCAACUGAUAUUUGCCGUCGGGAAAAUACUGAUUUUAUAAAAAUUUUUGGUGACAACUUAGAAAUAAGUCAAAUAAGGGCAACUAAUCUUAUAAUUCAAUCCAUUCAAUCCCCACUUCCAUUAUAUUUUGAUUGUUUUCAAAUUACAAAAACACCUAUAAUUUACCUUCUAUCAUGCAUUCAUCAAACUUUGCGUCUUUUAGUUUUUAUAAUUAGAUUUCAAUAAUUUUUACAAUUAGAAAUUAGGUUUUAUCCGAGUGUGUCCAAAGAGAAAUUAGCAGUGGUGUCAAGUUACGAAGUAAAUGUACUUCGUUACUGUACUUGAGUACCAUUUUUGUGAAGUCGGCAUGUAACAAAGUAAACUUUUUCUGGAGUACUUUUAUUUGCAACGAAGUCGUUUUAAGAAGUAACGUUUUACUUCGUUAUUUUCAUUUUGUGGCAAGUAUCUCGUUACUUUCUGGAUUCUUUAUUUAGACACCCUUUAAAUAAGAACCUGUUCGGGCUAGAAUUUCAAAACAGAUUCUUACAUUAUCAAAUAGAGUCAAAAUUAAGUCAUAAGUUACAAUCAGUGUAGCUUUAAAGACUUUAAAGUGCAUAUAGAGUUGGUAUAAAGCAUAUACACUCAUGGGCGUACGGGAAGUAUUAGUUUGCCCGACCGCAGGUCCGUUGCGAGGACUUUACCUGAAAUCAUCAAGAUUAUUGCUAGCUUUUACCUUAUUUUAGUCGCUAAUUAAUAUUACUCCCCAAAAUCGUUGGCGAGCAGGGGGGCGGGGGAGGAGUCACAAAAAAAUUUUCCUGAGAUAUCAAAAAAUUUUCCUUAAUAUCCCAUAAUUUUCGUAAACAUACAAAAAAUUUCCAGACAUAUCAUAAUUUUUUCAAAAUUUUUAUGUUUUGCCCGAAUCACGCAUGGAUUUGCCCGACCGUAAAAUUUUUUUUUUUUGGGGGGGGGCAUGUAUACGCUGUCAUUUUUUUAGAUAAUUUGUGCAUAAUUUAUAUAAAUCAUAUACCAUACUUCCCUAAAAUGAGUCGCUUUUCUUUUAAGAAAAUAAGAAUCUAACCUAUUUAAGAACUCUUUUAUAGCCUAAUGUCCUGGUAAGCACCAUUUACAUAAUACCUAUUUAGGCUAACUUGGAAAAUCUAGGUUCUUGGUUAUUUCGCUGGCCUCAGAGUGACAAAACGUAUAAAAGCAACGGUUUUACUAACACUAAUCCUAUUCCAAACACUAACCCUAACCUAACCCUACUCCAAGUUCAUUUCCAAACCAAUUUUGAAUAAAAAGGUUUUGACGAAAUGUCAUUCUGAGAUCUGCGAAGUAACAUUUUACUGUAUCAAUUUUCGCAGACAUAUUGUUAAUUUAUUACUAACACUAUAUUACAAUUAACAUCCAGGUUGCAGUGAAGAGGAAAUUCGAACCAUUAUAAUAUUUGAAGAUGAGCGACAUAACUCGGCAAGUUUUCGACUUCUUUAUCCACACCCGAGCUCAGCGAACAGCCAUAAACAGACGAUAAAAGUGUUGAAACUUGACAGUAUCCUGCCCGAAUAUGUUGACCAGAUCAGAAAGUUCUAAAACGCAAACGUUUAGACAAGAAACUUAGUUUCCGCCUUGAUGAAACUACGCCUGGUCGCUCGAUGCAUAUGUUGUGACUUGGAUUCAAUUCUUGCAGUAUCUUUUGGUCAUUAUAAUCUUGCAUCAAUCAAUCAUUGACUUCCAUUUUGAUUCUGCCAAACACCGCAGAUUUUCUUACAUCUUGCUCACAAGUUUGUCAACAAGCGUCAACAAGUUGUGUUCGCAUUGCUUGUCACAAGUUGUCAACAAGUUUGGAACAAGCUGUUAACAAUUUGUGACAACCUUGUUGAUAUAUCAGGCUUGUUCCAGUAAGUCCGACACAAUCAUGAUAUAACAAUAUUGUUACAAACCUUGUGUCGUCAACCUUGUAACCUUCUUGUUUAUCAUGACUGUAUCAGACUUGUUAGAACAACCUUGUGACAAGUCUGAUAAUGCCAUCAAGCUUGUUACAAUUGCUAACAGCUUGUUCCAAACUUUUUACAACAACUGGGAACAAGCAGUGCGAAGACAAAAUAUUUUUAACAGAUUUUUGACAAUUUGUUUGCAGACUUGUAACAAACCCACAGCAGACUUGUAGCAAUGCUGGUCCAACAACUUGUCAACAGGAUGUGUUCGCACUGCUUGUUCCCAGCUUGUUGACAACUUGCUACAAGGUUGUUGAGCCCAAUUAGACUUGUUACAAGUUGUUCCAACAACUUAUUAUCGUCCUGCAGUUCAACAAUUUGUCAACAAGUUGUGAGUGACAACCUUGUAGCAACUUGAAGAAAUAUCAACAUUGUUACAAUACGUUGGCAAGCUUGCUAUAUACAAGCCUAUUGCGAACACAUCUUGUUGGCCAGCAAGCUGUGAGGCUUUUACGCUCAGACAGUGUUUUCGAGUAAAAGUUUGAUGAAUGCUAGAAAGUAAACUAGGUGUUUUUGUAAUUUGUAAAAUAUAUUAGAAAAUAGAAUAAAUUAUAUAUAUAUAAAGACAAGGGCGCUCUAAAAUACGCCCGUAUUUUACAGCGCCCUGAUGAAGGCAAUAAGUCAAACGCUGACAUUUCCAGGGUUUUGGGGCAUUUUCAUUACUUUGUGGAGAGCUUAUUUUCUUUAAUUUAUAAAUUUUCAGUUUUGACUUUAUUUGAUAAAAUAAGAAGCAGCUUAAAAUUCUAGCCUAAACCGAAAUUCUAGCCUAAGUUACCGGCUCUUAUUUAAAGGGAGUCUAAACAUUUUUUCAGUCUAACAGGUUUUUAAAUGGAAUCGAUGAUUCCAGAUUUCCAGUUGUAAACUAAAUUUUGAUUCGGACAAGAAGGACGAAUCUAUCAUUAAAUAGCUUAACUAUAGCUUAACAACCAAAUUUGGUUUGAAAAAUCUUGUAAAAUACGAAAAAUAUAUAGCCCUGUGAAAUGAGCACAUUUUGAGUAUUUUAGUAUUACGCGUGGGAAAAUGUUCCGCGGGAACUGACUAAGUGUUAAAAUAUGCAUAAGCGGUAUGUUUAUUGAAUAGUUAAUGGAGGGAAAUACAUAAAAGGUAGG